UGGAGAUGGAGUCUCUGCUGUGUCGCCCAGACUGGAGUGUAGUGGCCUGAUCUUGGCUCACUGCAACCUCUACCUCCCGGGUUCAAGCGAUCUUCUGCCUCAGCCUCCCAAGUAGCUGGGACUACAGGUGCCUGCCACCAUGCCCAACUAAUUUUUGUAUUUUUAGUAGAGAUGGGGUUUCACCAUAUUGGCCAGGCUGGUCUUGAACUAUUGACCUCAAGUGAUCCACCCGCCUUGGCCUCCCAAAGUGCUGGGAUUACAAGCGUGAGCCACCGUGCCUGGCUGCUAUCUCGGGCUUCUGUUGGUCGUCAUUCUGGGACUUGUUUUUGUCCCUCCACACGUGGUCCUUAUUUCCUGGCUCCUAUUUGUAUUGGUUGGAUAAUUUGGACAUAAUGACAGCAACUGUCUUUUUUGUUUGUUUUUUUGAGUCGGAGUUUCACUCUGUUGCCCACGCUGGAGUACAGUGGCACAAUCUCGGUUCACUGUAACCUCUGCCUCCCAGGUUUAAGCGAUUCUCCUGUUUUCAGCCUCCUGAGUAGCUGGGACUACAGGUGUGCGCCAUCACGCCCAGCUAAUUUUUGUAUUUUUAGUAGAGACGGGGGUUUUACCAUGUUGGGCAGGCUGGUCUUGAACUCCGGACCUCAGGUGAUCCACCUGCCUUGGCCUCCCAAAGUGGUGGGAUUUUCACGCCUGGCCAACAGCAACUAUCUUAAUAAGAACGUUCAUUGACUCAAGUAAUUGCAAGUCCAGAAGUAGACAGGUUUGGGAUUAUUUGGGUGCACCCAUUCUGAACCAGUCAUUAGAACCGGAGCUGGGCUUCUCUUAGGCCAGGCCCCCCCUCCCCUGGGGCUGGGGCUGGGUCAGCCUCCCUAAGGCUCCAUCAGGAAGGAGGAAGGGAGAAUUAACUGCUGGGUAGGCAGACAGGAGUGGUCCCACUAAUAUUGCCAGUCCCUCGGUUUGCUCUCUUGUAAAAAUCCUAUUUUGAGUCCUUAUGUAGGUCUGAAAAAGUCUUUUUCUGUCCCUACACUUGACUUGGUCAGCUGAGUAUUGGAUUCUAGAUUGAAAGUCAUUUCCUAGAGAGGAUGGUGAUGCUGGUAAGAAGUCUCCGUCAUUGUUGCUCCUGAGAACUCAUUGCCAUUCUGAUUGUUCCUCCCUGGGAACUUUUUUGCAAGAGGGAUGACUUUUAGAAGCUUUUAGAUUCUCAAACUGUAUCCCUAACAUGCUGAAAUUUCACAUUGUACUUUGUGUUCUUUUUAUAUCCAUUGUUCUGAGCACUUCGUGGGCCUUUGAAGUCUCGGCUACUUGGCUACUUCAACUCUGGGAAUUAUUUUUGGCAUUUUUUACUUGAUAAUUUCUUCCUCUCCUUCCCCCCACCCCACCCCCAUGUUUCUGGAACUCCUAGUUAAAUCUGGACUCCUGGGUUAAUCCUUUGAUUUUGGGGAUAGGAUGUGACUAGCAUUAUCCCAUCGCUCAUUUUCUGAGAUUUGCUUGGCUUGCUCUUCCACCUCUUCUUUUUUUUUUUUUUUUUUUUUUUUUUAAGACAGUGUCUUGCUCUGUUGCCCAGGCUGGAGUGCAGUGGCGCCAUCUCGGCUCACUGCAACUUCUGCCUCCCAGGUUCAAGUGACUCUUCUGCCUCAGCCUCCUAAGUAGCUGGGAUUACAGGCGCAUGCCACCACGCCUGACUAAUUUUUGUAUCUUUAGUAGGGAUGGGGUUUCACUAUAUUGGCCAGGCUGGUCUCGAACCCCUGACCUCGUGAUCUGCCGCCUCGGCCUCCCAAAGUGUUGGGAUUAACAGGUGUGAGCCACUGCGCCUGGCCUCUUCUACCUCUUCUAAUUGGAUUAUUUUACUUUAGAAUAGUUUAGCUGUACAGAAAAGUUGGAGUUCCCAUAUAGCCUACUCCCAGUUUGCCCCCAUUAAACACAUCUUACGUUAGUACAGUAUAUUUGUCACAACUAAUGAACCAGUAUUGAUACAUUAUUAUUGACUAAAGUUUAUGCUUUAUUCAGAUGUUCUUAGCUUGUACCCAGUGUCUUUUUUUUUUCUGUUCCAGGAUGCCACAUUAAAUUUAAUCAUGUCCCCAUAGUUUCCACUAGGUUGUGACAAUUAAGUUUUUGAUGACCAUGACAGUUUUGAGGCAUACCGAUCAGAUAUUUGGUAGAAUGUUCCUCGAUUUGGGAUUUCUCGGAUGCUUUCUUCAUGAUUAUCCUGAGGUUAUGGGGUUUGGGCUAUCACAUGCUUAAUUCUAACUAGGGUGAUUCUUGUUUUCUAGUUAUUUUUUAAGGGGGAAAAAAGUUUAUUUCAUGGGUGUGGUAUCUUCUCUUGAUUUUCUGAGGAUAUUAAUUUUAUAAUACAUAUUUUUAAUCUUUGAUCUCUGGCACUGUCUGUUUCCUCUGUUAUUUUGUCUAUUUAUUUGGUGUCUGUCUUUUAGUUGGUCAUCUCUCAGAUACCUGUGGUCUCGGGCACACAGCUGAUUGGAAACUGCAUGGACUCUUCAGAGUGGGUGCCUGGAUGGGAGGCUGGCCUUUUCAUUUCUUGAAUCCCAUGUUGGUGUAUAUAGGUUUUCUUUCUCUGGGGCUGGUUUUUCAAGAGAAGACUCCCUUGUCUUUGCCUGAGGAGUGGAGGGUGGUGUGGUGUUUGUCUGCUGCCCUCCUGUGAGGAGCAGCAGAAGUGGGGGGCCUGAAGCUUCUGAGGUUUGCCAUUCAGGUUCUCUCUUCACUUUUUUGGGGGGUCUCCUUUCCCCACCCCUUCCCCCUCUGACCCUGGUGUUCUCAAGUCUAGACUUCUCUUGUUUAAUGUAUCCAGUGGGGGAGGGAAGGGGCCGUAGGUGUCUAGCUGUUGCACUUGCAGCCUUCAGCCAGUCCCCCCACAUCUGAGUUCCCACCUUCCCCUUUCAUGCAAGGUGCCUGCCACCUCCUACGACCUCCUGAGCCUUCUGAUAUCCUGGGUGAAGGGAGGUUUUCCCCUCUGCAGUCCUCAUGUUGUGGCAUCUUUCAGUCUGUGAAAUCUGUUCAUACUUUUGCCCCCUCCUUGCCAAAACUGUCCCUGUUGUUUGGGUUCUUCGCUGUUUUCAUUUUCGGGGGUUGGAAGGAUGAGCUGUACAAGCCCUCAGUCUUUCUGCCAUGUUUAACCAGAAGCCCCCUGUAUUCUAAAUAGUGUGUCUGUGAGUUGGAUGGAAUUGAAUUAAGGGCCAUCUGUGGGAUGUGUGUGCGUGGAGAUGCGUGCACAGCCCUCUUUAUGUACACGGGUGUGGGAGUAUUUUUGUCCGAGCACCACUCGACUGCCUUUUCCCCAUGAUCGAGCGUGACUGUCUUUUUGUGUCAGAACCUCAAGAGCUGCCAUUUGCUGUGGUUGCUACAGAGCAUGGUGAGGCCCAGAGACGCCUUGAGAAAGGGAGUCCAAAGCCCCGGAGGCAGAGAGUUCAGCCAGCUGCAGGGGGUGAUGGCGUCACCACCACUAUCUGCUGAACUCCUCUGUGCCAAGGAGCAUUGCAUCAGGGUGCUGGUGGCACACCUGGGGAUCAUCAUCUCUUCCUUCUAAAGCAGCUGUCUGUCUCCACUUUGUCACUGAGAAAACAGCAGAUCGGGAGCGGUGCCGAGAAAAAUUUCCUUACUAGAUGACAUUUCAUCGCAAUGUCCGAUCGUUUGGGGCAAAUUACCAAGGGCAAGGAUGGGAAAAGCAAGUACUCGACUCUCAGCCUGUUUGAUAAGUAUAAAGGAAAAUCAGUAGACGCGAUUAGAUCCUCAGUUAUUCCUAGACAUGGCUUACAGAGUCUUGGGAAAGUUGCUGCAGCCCGGCGCAUGCCACCGCCUGCAAACCUGCCAAGCUUGAAGUCUGAAAACAAAGGAAACGACCCCAACAUCGUGAUAGUACCCAAGGACGGGACGGGAUGGGCAAACAAGCAGGAUCAGCAAGACCCAAAGAGUUCCAGUGCGACGGCCUCUCAGCCGCCGGAGUUGCUGCCGCAGCCGGGUUUGCAGAAAUCUGUCUCCAAUUUGCAGAAACCGACACAGUCAAUCAGUCAGGAGAAUACAAAUUCAGUGCCAGGUGGACCAAAGUCAUGGGCACAGCUGAAUGGAAAGCCAGUAGGACACGAAGGUGGUUUAAGGGGCUCAAGCCGACUGUUAUCCUUCUCUCCCGAGGAAUUUCCGACGCUGAAAGCAGCUGGAGGGCAGGACAAGGCUGGCAAAGAAAAGGGCGUCUUAGAUCUGUCGUAUGGGCCAGGACCAAGCCUCCGCCCUCAGAAUGUGACAAGCUGGAGGGAGGGCGGUGGGCGACACAUAAUUUCUGCCACGUCUCUGAGCACCUCCCCAACUGAGCUGGGCAGCAGGAACUCGAGUACGGGAGAUGGAGCCCCCUCCUCGGCAUGUACCAGCGAUUCUAAGGACCCCUCUCUCCGCCCGGCUCAGCCUGUCCGAAAAGGGGCUUCACAGUUCAUGGGAAAUGUAUACCACCCACCUACAUACCAUGACAUGCUUCCUGCUUUUAUGUGUUCGCCGAAGUCAUCAGAAAACCAGGGUACAGUGGAACGAGGCUCUUUUCCCCUUCCUCAGCUCCGCCUUGAACCUCGAGUUCCUUUUAGACAGUUCCAGAUGAAUGACCAAGACGGAAAAGAAAACAGGCUGGGAUUGUCGCGCCCACUCCGCCCACUAAGGCAGCUGGUGGAGCGGGCACCACGGCCCACCAUUAUCAAUGCGGAAAACCUGAAGGGCCUUGACGAUCUGGACGCCGAUGCCGAUGAUGGCUGGGCAGGCCUCCAUGAAGAAGUGGACUAUUCUGAGAAACUGAAGUUCAGCGAUGAUGAAGAGGAGGAAGAAGUCGUGAAGGACGGCAGGCCAAAGUGGAACAGUUGGGACCCUAGGAGGCAGCGGCAGUUGUCAAUGAGCUCUGCAGACAGUGCGGACGCUAAGCGGACUCAAGAGGAAGGGAAGGACUGGGCUGAAGCAGUGGGUGCGUCCCGUGUCGUCCGAAAGGCGCCAGACCCUCAGCCACCGUCCAGGAAGCUUCAUGGCUGGGCACCAGGCCCUGACUACCAGAAGUCGUCAAUGGGCAGCAUGUUCCGGCAACAGUCCAUUGAGGACAAGGAGGACAAGCCCCCACCAAGGCAGAAGUUCAUUCAGUCAGAGAUGUCCGAGGCGGUGGAGCGAGCCCGAAAGCGCCGGGAAGAAGAAGAGCGCCGAGCCCGGGAGGAGAGGCUGGCCGCCUGUGCUGCCAAACUCAAGCAGCUGGACCAGAAGUGUAAGCAGGCACGAAAGGCAGGUGAGGCCCGGAAGCAGGCAGAGAAGGAAGUGCCCCGGUCUCCAAGUGCUGAGAAGGCAUCUCCCCAGGAAAACGGCCCUGCUGUCCACAAAGGCUCCCCAGAAUUCCCUGCCCAAGAGACCCCCACCACAUUCCCAGAAGAGGCACCCACAGUGUCCCCAGCAGUGGCACAGAGCAACAGCAGUGAGGAAGAGGCCAGAGAGGCUGGGUCCCCUGCACAGGAGUUCAAGUAUCAGAAGUCCCUUCCUCCCCGAUUCCAGCGCCAGCAGCAGCAACAACAGCAGGAGCAGCUGUACAAGAUGCAGCACUGGCAGCCGGUGUACCCCCCGCCGUCCCACCCCCAGCGCACCUUUUACCCACACCACCCCCAGAUGUUGGGCUUCGAUCCCAGGUGGAUGAUGAUGCCUUCCUACAUGGACCCACGUAUCACGCCCACUCGGACCCCGGUGGACUUCUACCCCUCCGCCCUGCAUCCCUCAGGACUGAUGAAGCCCAUGAUGCCCCAAGAGUCCCUCAGUGGGACAGGCUGUCGUUCUGAGGAUCAGAACUGUGUGCCCCCACUCCAAGAAAGAAAAGUGACCCCCAUCGACUCACCCCCUGUGUGGAGCCCAGAGGGCUACAUGGCACUGCAGAGCAAGGGCUACCCGCUCCCGCACCCGAAGUCGAGUGACACCUUGGCUAUGGACAUGCGUGUCAGGAAUGAAAGCUCUUUCUCUGCCUCACUCGGAAGGGCAGGGGGCGUAAGUGCCCAGCGCGAUCUCUUUGAGGAGAGAGGGGAGGAGUACUUGAGUGCUUUUGACAAGAAGGCCCAAGCAGACUUUGACAGCUGUAUCUCUUCUCAAAGAAUAGGCCAGGAGCUUUUGUUUCCACCCCAAGAAAAUGUUCAGGAUGCAGGUGCUCCUGGGGGUCACACCCAAAACCUCAGGUGUUCCCCAUUGGAGCCUGACUUUGUCCCAGAUGAGAAAAAGCCAGAGUGUGGCAGUUGGGAUGUUAGCCACCAGCCAGAGACCGCUGACACAGCCCAUGGUGUUGAGCGGGAGACACCCCGGGAGGGGACGGCCUUUAACAUCUCCUCCUGGGACAAGAACGGGAGCCCCAACAAACAGCCGUCCUCGGAGCCUGAAUGGACUCCCGAGCCCCGGAGCUCCAGCAGCCAGCACCCGGAGCAGACGGGCAGGACCCGGAGGUCAGGACCCAUCAAGAAACCAGUCCUGAAAGCCCUCAAGGUGGAAGACAAGGAGAAGGAGCUCGAGAAGAUUAAGCAGGAGCUAGGGGAGGAGAGUACCCGGCUGGCCAAGGAGAAGGAGCAGAGCCCCACGGCAGAAAAGGACGAGGACGAAGGGAACGAUGCCUCUCUGGCCAACAACUCCACCACCACUUUGGAGGACAAAGGCCCUGGCCAUGCCACUUUUGGCCGCGAGGCCACCAAAUUUGAAGAGGAGGAGAAACCUGACAAGGCCUGGGAAACCAGACCCCCACGAGAGUCCAGCGAUGUUCCCCCCACGAAGAGAAACAACUGGAUCUUUAUUGAUGAGGAGCAAGCCUUUGGGGUCAGAGGGCAGGCCCGGGGCCGGGGCCGUGGUUUCAGAGAGUUCACUUUUCGUGGUCGGCCUGCUGGCGGAAAUGGGAGCGGCCUCUGUGGUGGGGGGGUCCUGGGGGCCCGCAGCAUCUACUGCAGCAGUCAGCGCAGCGGCCGUGGCCGGGGCCUGCGAGAGUUUGCGCGGCCAGAGGACUGCCCCAGAGCCAAGCCCCGACGGAGAGUUGCCAGUGAGACCCAUAGCGAGGGCUCAGAGUAUGAAGAACUUCCCAAGCGCCGCCGGCAGAGGGGCUCCGAGAACGGGAAUGAAGGCUCGCUCCUGGAGAGGGAGGAGAGCACCUUGAAGAAGGGCGACUGCAGAGAUUCUUGGCGGUCCAACAAGGUGUGCUCCGAGGACCAUAGCGGUCUAGAUGCCAAGAGCCGAGGCCCUCGGGCCUUUGGGCGAGCCCUCCCUCCCCGGCUGAGCAAUUGCGGGUAUGGACGGAGAACCUUCGUCUCCAAAGAGUCACCCCACUGGCAGAGCAAAAGUCCAGGCAGCUCUUGGCAGGAAUAUGGCCCUUCCGACACAUGCGGAUCCCGGCGACCUACAGACAGAGACUAUGUCCCAGAUUCCUACAGACACCCUGACGCAUUUGGUGGCCGGGGCUUUGAGGACAGCCGCUCGGAGGACAAGAGAUCCUUCUUCCAAGAUGAACACGUGGCAGAUUCUGAAAAUGCAGAGAACCGGCCCUUCAGGAGAAGGCGCCCCCCACGCCAAGAUAAGCCCCCUCGCUUCCGGCGCCUCCGGCAAGAGCGGGAGUCCCUGGGCCUGUGGGGACCCGAGGAGGAGCCCCACCUGCUGGCAGGUCAGUGGCCAGGCAGGCCCAAACUGUGUUCUGGGGACAAGAGUGGCACUGUGGGCCGCAGGUCCCCUGAGCUCUCCUACCAGAACUCCUCCGAUCACGCCAAUGAGGAGUGGGAGACGGCCUCCGAAAGCAGCGACUUCAGCGAGCGGCGGGAGCGGCGGGAAGGCCCUGGGUCCGAGCCCGACUCCCAGGUGGAUGGUGGCCUGUCGGGGGCUAGUUUGGGUGAGAAGAAGGAGCUGGCCAAGAGGAGCUUCUCCAGUCAGAGACCCCUGGUUGACAGACAGAGCCGAAAGCUGGAGCCGGGAGGGUUUGGGGAGAAGCCCGUUAGGCCAGGUGGUGGUGACACCUCCCCUCGCUAUGAGAGCCAACAGAAUGGGACGCCUUUGAAAGUGAAAAGAUCCCCAGACGAGGCCUUGCCUGGAGGUCUUAGUGGCUGCAGCAGUGGGAGUGGCCACUCCCCCUAUGCCCUGGAGCGGGCAGCCCAUGCCAGUGCUGACCUUCCCGAAGCCUCCAGUAAAAAGUCAGAGAAGGAGGCCAAGUUGGCUGCUCCGAGGGCAGGUGAACAGGGAGAGGCCAUGAAACAGUUUGACCUGAACUAUGGAAGUGCCAUCAUUGAAAAUUGCGGGUCCAGCCCCGGGGAGGAGAGUGAGGUGGGUUCUAUGGUGGGCGAAGGCUUCAUCGAAGUCCUGACCAAGAAGCAGCGCCGCCUGCUGGAGGAAGAGAGAAGAAAGAAGGAGCAGGCCGUGCAGGUGCCUGUCAAAGGUCGAGGCCUUUCCUCCCGUAUUCCUCCUCGAUUUGCAAAAAAGCAGAACAACUUAUGUCUGGAGCAAGGUGACGUGACCGUGCCUGGCAGCAGCCUGGGCACUGAGAUCUGGGAGAGCAGCAGCCAGGCUCUCCCUGUGCAGGCCCCAGCCAACGACUCCUGGAGGAAAGCUGUCACUGCCUUCAGCAGCACUGAGACUGGCUCUGCGGAGCAGGGUUUUAAGAGCAGCCAGGGAGAUAGUGGCGUUGACUUGAGUGCCGAGUCUCGGGAGUCGUCUGCGACCUCCUCGCAGCGCAGCUCCCCAUAUGGGACUCUGAAGCCAGAGGAGAUGAGCGGGCCCGGCCUGGCGGAACCCAAGGCCGACAGCCACAAGGAGCAGGCUCCAAAGCCGUCUGAGCAGAAGGAUUCAGAACAAGGCUCUGGACAGAGCAAGGAGCACAGACCAGGACCCAUCGGCAACGAGCGUUCUCUGAAAAACAGAAAGGGCUCGGAGGGGGCCGAGCGGCUGCAAGGGGCUGUCGUCCCGCCUGUUAACGGGGUGGAGAUUCACGUGGACUCUGUGCUGCCUGUGCCACCCAUUGAAUUUGGAGUCAGUCCAAAAGACUCCGAUUUCAGCUUGCCACCUGGUUCUGCCUCUGGUCCUGCUGGGAGUCCAGUUGUUAAACUUCAGGAUGCCUUGGCCAGUAAUGCAGGGUUAACACAGAGUAUCCCCAUCCUGCGGCGGGACCAUCACAUCCAGAGGGCCAUCGGUCUCUCCCCAAUGUCCUUCCCCACUGCCGACCUUACUCUGAAGAUGGAGUCUGCGCGCAAGGCUUGGGAAAACUCCCCCAGUUUGCCGGAGCAGAGCUCUCCAGGCGGCGCGGGCUCAGGCAUCCAGCCUCCAUCCUCUGUGGGUGCCUCCAGCGGGGUCAACUACAGCUCCUUCGGUGGAGUGUCCAUGCCACCCAUGCCUGUGGCCUCUGUAGCACCUUCUGCUUCUAUGCCAGGCAGCCACCUUCCGCCCCUGUACCUGGAUGGCCAUGUGUUUGCAAGUCAGCCCCGGCUGGUUCCUCAAACGAUACCUCAGCAGCAGAGUUACCAACAGGCCGCCGCUGCCCAGCAGAUCCCGAUCUCCCUUCACACAUCUCUGCAGGCACAAGCUCAGCUUGGACUGAGGGGUGGGCUUCCUGUGUCCCAGUCCCAGGAGAUCUUCAGCUCCUUGCAGCCCUUCAGAUCUCAGGUGUACAUGCACCCCAGCCUGUCACCGCCCAGCACCAUGAUCCUCUCUGGGGGCACAGCCUUGAAGCCUCCAUACUCGGCGUUCCCAGGCAUGCAGCCCUUGGAGAUGGUGAAGCCGCAGUCUGGCUCACCCUACCAGCCCAUGAGCGGGAACCAAGCCCUGGUCUACGAGGGCCAGCUCAGCCAGGCUGCUGGCCUGGGUGCCUCCCAGAUGUUGGACUCCCAGCUCCCACAGCAGCUGACCAUGCCACUGCCUCGGUACGGCUCCGGGCAGCAGCCACUGAUCCUGCCCCAGUCUAUUCAGCUGCCACCUGGGCAGAGCCUCUCCGUUGGGGCCCCCCGAAGGAUUCCUCCGCCCGGGUCCCAGCCGCCAGUCCUGAACACCAGCAGAGAGCCCUCUCAGAUGGAGAUGAAAGGCUUCCACUUUGCCGACAGUAAACAGAAUGUCCCUUCAGGAGGCCCCGUGCCAUCGCCACAGACCUACAGGCCUAGCUCUGCUAGCCCCAGUGGGAAGCCCUCUGGAUCAGCAGUUAACAUGGGCUCUGUGCAGGGACACUACGUGCAACAGGCAAAACAACGAGUGGAUGAGAAACCCAGCCUGGGAGCCGUGAAGCUGCAGGAGGCCCCCUCGGCUGCCUCCCAGAUGAAGCGAACCGGAGCGAUCAAGCCUCGGGCUGUCAAAGUGGAGGAGAGUAAGGCCUGACAGUGCCUGGCUGCCACCUCGCCUCGCCCUACUGAGGACGGUGCCGCCAUGCGGCCUCGACACAGCCGACACUCGGGAGCCUCACCAGAUCCACCGUCCAAAUGCGUGGCCCGGACUGAGAGACCUCCCUCCUCUCCACUCCCGAAAGCUCCGUUGUCAACCAGCUUGCACCCGUGGAUAUAUGGCAUUGACCCGCUUGCUUUGAUAUGAAACAAAAAAGCAGACGACUCCUUCAUCCCAUCUGCUCCUACCGUGACCAUGGAGUGACGCCUCCCGUGCAGUGCAGAUUUGCCCUCCCUGCCUCCUCCCUGUCCUGCCGCGCAGCCAGGGCGCCUUCUCAGCAGUGCUUCCGGCCCAGCCGCCCAUCCCUAGGCACAGUGAUUUGGCAGCAGGGUCAUUUUACUUUGAGGCUUUUUGUUUUAAAAUGUAGCCAAGGUUUUUACAAAGGGGAAAGGAAAAGAAAACAAAAACGCAAGCUCCAUGUGUAUAGCUGAACUUUUAUAUGUUUCUCGCCAGCCCCUCCACUCCCUUCCAUCUCUAGCCUCUGUCCUGUUUAGUUUGAUACGUCACUGCAGUACCUUAAGAGGUGACUCUUAAGAAUGCAUCCCCUCCUGAUUGCUCAGCUGGUUCACCCUUGAGGUUAUUUGCAAAAAGAAAAGGAGGUUCUUGAGGGUACCCAUUGCGAGCAUUCUGGUGCCUGGCUCCCCGCCUGGGAAGCGAUGGGGUGCUCAGAGCAGCAGGCAGGUUGGGGGAGGGGGGGUCACAGUUGGGUUCCUUGAUGAGCCCAGGGCGCUUACAGGCAGCCCAUGAAGUUGAUGACGGUUUUAGCAUGAGAAUCACACAGGGUCCCUGUCCUGGGCUCCUCUAAAGCCAGUGGAUGUGCUGGGCACCAGAGACAAAUCAUGGAGAUGGCUGCUGGUGGCUCCCAGGUUGGCCCAGAUGGGGUGAGCUGACACACCACAGGCCCAUCCCAGGCCCUGUGGGCUCUGCUUCUGGGGCUCCAUACCCUGCCCUGCAGGGGUGCUGUGUUUUUCACACAUUUCUUUCCCUGAAGCCUUCUGUAACCUGUCAUUUUCCUUCCUUCCUCUUCCGGAGCCUGCUGCUUUCUCUGGACCCGUCUCCACCUCCCACACAGCUCAUCGUGAACACCACUUGGUGAUGGAGGGAGUGGACCCGUGUGUGGUCCCCAAGUGAGGCCACUGGGAGUUUGUCCUUUUCCUCCUUUGCUUCACUCCCAGCAGCAGACCCAGGUUGUCAGGACAGGAGGGCCUGAGCUAAGCAGUAGGCAUCAGUCUUGUUUGUCUUCAGACGGCGGGGGCAGGUCCAGGGUGAGGCUGGGUGGAGGGCUGACCAAGGUCCAAAGGGCCUGCGCAGCCUCCGGGAGGGCAGCUUCUCCAGCCAAAGGCUUGUGUGAGCCAUCGUGUGCUGGGCUUGUUGUUUUUAAGUAAGAAACAAGGAAAUCACUCCAGAUUCUGUCAUUCCAAGGAAAGGGAAGGGGACAGUUCAAGUUUCUCAGCUGUUCUUAGGGGUCACUGAGCGUCUACCUCCUCCUCCAGAGGAGGCUGGCUCAGAACACCUAGAGGAGGGGGCCGGGGAUGCACCCCCCACCAGAGGCUGCCUUCAGCGUCUCACAGGUGCAGGACAGCGCUCAGGCUUGGGCUCUAAGCUCUGUGUCUAGUGUAGAACAUGGGGAAGGAGCAUCUUAGGAACUGCUGAAGUAACUUCUUACUGCUCUCACAAUUCUAAGGAAGCGGGAGAACAGCCUCCUACCAACAGCGCCCACCCCAGAGCUGCCUGGGAAAGGGCAGUUUUACUGAAAGGUGCUUUACUGUUCACCUGCAUCUUUCAGCAGCUCCCCUCCUGCCCUCACCUGGUCUUUUCCCUCUUUAUCCCAAGCCUUUAUGCUUGAGUCCCUUCCCCAGGGGCUGCCCCCGCCCCGACAGUUCCAGGCAUUCCCUACCUGAGCUUCUUGUCUGCUUUUCCUUCUCCCACUGCAAGCGGCUGCUUGUGGGGCCUGGGAUGAGCCCUCUCUGUCCCCACCGGCCCUCCUUGCCAAGCCAUUUCUGGGUGAGUCCAGGCCUGCGGGAGCCACACAUUUAUCUCCACCUGGACACUUGAGCCGCAUGGCCAGACCCCUCCCACCUGACGUGGUGGUGCGUGUGAUCUGUCAAAAGAAAGCCUUCUGGAUGCUGUUAAGAUGUACCCUUCAGGUGAACCUGGCAUCAGACCCACAGUACUUGCUGUUUGAGAAAAAAUAAAAACAAAAAGGUCACCUGUUCUCCAGCCCUUUUCUCUUACCUGGUAUUUCCUUCCUUUCUUCUCCCCCACCCCAAAUAAAAAAACAAAAAACACUAGAAUUUAUUUAUAUGUAUUGAUGUUGUAGGUCUAGGUGAAAAAAAAAGAAGUAAAUGUUUCACUGCUCUAUUUAUAUAUAAUGUCAAUUAAUUCUGUGCAGGAAAGGCCAGGAAAUUGCAUGUGAAGUUCGGUGCAGUCACCACCUCUGUGUGACCUGAGCUGCAGUCUCUUCGCUGAGAUGCAGGUUUUAAAUGAGACUUGGGGGGCUGAGGGCAGGCCUCAGGCCUCCCAGCGCCCCAACCCCUCCUUGGUCUAAUGAAAUGCAGUUCUUAGUGCAGAGACGUUUUAAGGUGCAAUAUAUCUCUUCCUUUCCCGUGGUUUUAGAGCCAAGCUCAAGGUAGUAGGACGUAGGGUCUUAUUUUGUUUUCAAACCCCCAUUCUCAGAGCGCAGAUACAUGCAGAGGCUUCUGCCAGGAUACCACGGGGCCUUAGUGGGAACAGGUGGAGACCAGCACUUCCCUUUCCUGCUGCUGAGGUAGGGAUUGGGGGGUCAGAACCCACUCACUUUUGCCUGUUAAAGUUGCCCUCCUGACGCUGGCAGCUCUGCCUUGGUCACUGGGGAUGCGGCUCGUUGCUCAGCAACCAGUGGCCUUGCGGUAUUGUCCGCCGUCCACUAGAGUGGGAAGAAGUCCAGAGUGUGGGUGUGCACCUCAAAUGCCCAUCCGCUCACUGGGGACUGCAAUGCCAGCUGCAUUUGGUUUGGUUUUCUUAACUGUUGGCUUCUCCCCACAGCUUUUUUUUUUUUUUUUUAAACAUUCGUAUUGUUUUCAAACUUGGAAUUCAUAGACACUCUGGCUCUAGGUUCCUUAAGGGGGAAAACAAAAGAUGACUUUAUUUCACAUUCAAGAAAAUCAGUUCAGUUCCAAAGCUGUGGUCCUUCCAGCCACUUCUAGGGACACUGGGGUACCUUGUUAAACGUUGACAUCAGUGCUCUCCAGCCGUGCUGUCACCCUCCUAUCUUUUGGAUCUGCCUUCGGGAUGGUCAGUGAUGGCUUCUGGAAGCUGAGCACACACAGGUGCACGGCCAUGCUGUGGUCUGGCCUGCUACGGCAGCAUGGCAGCUCUGGUGGAGCCUUCUCCCUUGCCAUUUGGUUCCCCUCUGCCAAGUAGCUGCAGGCUGCCCCUCAAAUCUUCAUUUGUCCCUUUUCACUUCCUGCAGAGCAAGCCUGGGUUAGAGGGUCUGCUGGAAAUGGCCUUUGAAGACCAGGGAUACCAGGAUGUGUGCACUCUGUCGUGUUCUGUGAUGAAUGGGAAACGUAGGCUUCCAGAAAGCCAGCUCUCUUCUGAAAUGUGACGGACCUAAGCAGGAAGUCAUCCAGGACAGGAGUGGCUCAGUGUUGGGGAUGGACGCUGUCGCCCAGCCAUGCUCCACCAGGGCCAGCAGUGUAUAUUUGGCUGGUGGUCUUCGGGCAUGUGAGACCUGCUCUUCACUGUCUCCACCCCACUUGGUGGCCUCCAGGAUGGUAGUGGCACCCUCAGAGCCCCAUCUUCAGCAUGUUCUGAAGCCUCAGAGUGGAAAGUCCUGCUAAGGCUCUGUGUGGACGCCUUUCUCCCAUGAUCUAAAGGGGACACUGUACUCAAGCUUUUGACCUCAUGCCUUGUGUAGUAAAAAAGGAUUUGGGGGUUUUGUUUGGUUCCUGAGAGGGUUGUGUUUUGUUUUUGUUUCCUUUUGUUUAUGUUUUGGCCUUUCCUCUUUGUCUUUCCAUGUAGACCAGAUAUUUGAAAGGGCAGACGAUGGCUAGAGGUGUAAUGUGCGGCUUGUUUAUACGUUAUUUCGGGAAACUUACCUUGGAUGGGAAAUGGAAUCAUGGAUUCACCAGGCCGGUGCUGGCACACUCACCCUCGCCCUUUCCCUCCGGUUCAGUACCUAUUGUUUCUCCUUUCAAAUAUGUGAUUGUACUAGCUCUUUCCAUAUGAAAGAAUUCUCCUUAUUUAAAUAAAAAAAGUUAAAAAAGAUAAA